ACGUAAGUCUCUCACCUCUCACAGUGUCGACAGCAGCCGCCGCAAGACAGGGAUCACUCACUUCUUCUGGCAAGCUGCAAGCGUGGGCAGCGGACAGAAGGGGCGAUGAGCGGGUCCUUGGGACAGCACACGGGUGUGAUUGCGGCGGUCGUGUUCGCCCUCGUUGCCGUUGCUGCUACUACAGCUGUCGCCCGCAAGUGGAAGAGUGGGGGCUCCAAGAGACGCAUGCUGGGGAACAUCGCUAGUGGUCGCGAAUUUAUCGAUACGCUAUCGGCAGAGGUGGCGGAUUUGGAGGCUACGAUUGCUCUGGCAGCCGAGGCUUCCGACCUUGACACUGCACGACAGGAACACGAGAGAAAAAGCAGAGAGCAUGACGAAAGCGUGACUCAGGUUUUGACGCACCUGGACAAGUGCACGGGGGGUGGCGAAAUAAGCGUCGCCCGAAAAAAGCAGAUCCAUCGAGCAGAGGCCUUGGGGCUUCGCAUCAGCAAUAUUUUGCCUGGGGGGCACGUGGAUGGGUGAUCAGAGGGAAAUGGGGCGCAAUGUGUCAGACCCAUCAACGUCUCCCCAGGAUAUUCGAUUGGCGUGGACGGGAGCGCUUCUGCGUCUGCUCGUGUUUUGCGUCACUGCCUUGGCAAAGGUCCAUCAUCCAGCGCUUGCUUUCUCAAGAACAUCCUUGUAAAGGGAGCACAGCAGUACUGUUGUUGCUGUUGUAGUUGGUCGCGUUGGUCAUGGGUGCUGCAUGUUGUAAGGAAUAUGCUGUAGUCGGUUUAUGGUGGAUGUGCCUGCCAUUUUCAGGGCCGGUACCUCACCUUCACUUUGCAUUGAACAGCUGAACAGCAAAUGACAUGCUCAGCAGCGGUCAAGCAAGCACCACAUUCAAGUCACGGAUGGAGGUUAGAGGCCGAAAUCGAGCCCGAUCCCCCUUUCCCCCUUUAGAGAUGUGUGUUUAUUCUGUGUGUUCCCCUAUGACUUACGUUCGUGCGCCUUUGGUUUUGCGCCGGUGUUGUUUGUUUCAUCCUUCGUGCAGUUUUCAUAACGUUUGGCGCUCUAUCCCGCGAGGCUUUCGUCAAAUGCGGCGCGCGAGAAUCGGUAGAUGUGUUUGGCACUGUUACUCUCUCGGGACCUGGCUGUUCUUCUGUUUAGCAUGCUCAAGCUCUUCCGGCCGCAUCGCCCACUUUUUCCCGAAAUUGGCAGCUUCGCAUGAAACAAACGUGGUGUAUCCUUCUGUUGUGAAAAAAAAAGCAAGACAUUCUGUUACGACC